UGGGGCUGGAGCGAAGUAAGGACGGAAGGAGGGGGGAGCGGGAGGCAAGCAGGUCGCCCCUGGAGGGCAGGGCAGCAGCGGGAGCAGAUGGAAUGCGCAGGCGCUGGUCGCUGAACGAGGUCGGCACGGGCUCGGGGACGGCGACGAGAUCGAUCCACGCGACGAGCAGCAGGAGGAGGAGGAGGAGGAGGAGGAGCAGCAGCAGCAGCAGCAGCAGGAGCAGUGCAGUGUAGCAGGUUUGGGUUCGAUAUCCCGCGCGACGGCGAAGAGAAGAGUGUCGCGAUGAUGGUGAUGCGCACAUAGAGAGCUUGAGGUCCAGUGGCCGGAUCGCCGGAUGAUUUUUUCCAUCUCGUGCUCUUGAAUUUUUAGGCGAGGCGAGGCGAGGCCUCGAGCCCUCGACGACGACAGGCGGGCGGGCGGGCGGGCGUGCGUGUGUGUCUGUCUCCGUGAGCGAGGUUGUCCGGGAUUAGGUAAUCGGUCCAUCAAUCGGCCUCUGCCGGAGGUUUUCUCACGGGCGGAGCCCUUGGAAGAAACCGGGCAGUAGCCAUGCAGGCUCUUCAGAAGCUGCGGCAGCUGGAUGCCUUCCCCAAGAUCAAUGAAGACUUUUACAGUCGGACGCUCUCUGGCGGUGUGAUUACCAUCGUCUCCAGCAUCGUCAUGUUGUCGCUCUUCAUUACCGAACUGAAUUACUACCUUUAUCCCACUCAAGAGACACAACUGGUGGUUGAUACAUCAAGGGGGGAGACCCUCAACAUCAAUCUUGAUGUCACGUUUCCAGCCCUAGCUUGUUCUGUCGUCAGUCUUGAUGCAAUGGAUAUCAGUGGAGAGCAACACUUGGACGUGAAACACAACAUUUUCAAGAAAAGACUUGAUUCCAGUGGAAAUGUCAUUGAACCACCGAAACAAGACACCAUCAACAGCCCAAAGAUUGAAAAGCCUCUACAGCGGCAUGGCGGCCGGCUGGAUCACAAUGAAACGUACUGCGGAUCUUGCUUUGGUGCGGAAGCGGCUGAUGAUGACUGUUGCAACAACUGUGAGGAGGUUCGGGAAGCUUAUCGUCGCAAGGGUUGGGCAUUGACAAACCCCGACUUGAUUGACCAGUGCAAGAGGGAAGGGUUUUUGCAGAAAAUUAAAGAGGAGGAGGGAGAAGGUUGUCAAGUAUACGGAACAUUGGAGGUGAACAAAGUUGCCGGGAAUUUUCACUUUGCGCCAGGCAAGAGCUUCCAGCAGGCAAACAUGCACGUACACGACCUACAAGCUUUCCAGAAGGAUAGUUUCAAUGUAAGUCACAAGAUACACGAGCUUAGCUUCGGAGAACAUUUUCCCGGAGUUGUUAAUCCGCUGGAUGGUGUGGAGCGCACUCAGGAGAGCAUGAACAGCAUGUACCAGUACUUCAUCAAGGUGGUACCAACCAUGUAUUCGGAUAUGACCGGGCGCAAGAUAUUAACGAAUCAGUUUUCAGUAACGGAACAUGUUAAGGGGCCCGAAGCUGGUACCGGUCGAUCACUUCCUGGAGUUUUCUUCUUUUAUGACCUCUCACCAAUCAAGGUGAACUUCACAUCGCAAAGAACGUCGUUUCUUCACUUUUUGACCAAUCUAUGUGCCAUCAUCGGAGGAGUAUUCACGGUGUCGGGAAUCAUUGAUGCCUUGGUGUACCAUGGACACAGGGCUAUCAAAAAGAAAAUCGAGAUCGGCAAAUUAAGCUGAUCGAAUAGCCAGGAUGAAACUUUUGUUCCUUGGUGAGUGGAUUAAAGCUCUCAAUUGAAGGAGCUUCUUUGCCACUUAUUUGGAAUGUCGGAACGUUGCUCACAUCAUUCUUAGGUUGCAACACAUUUACUUAGUCCCUUCCCACGGUUCAGCGCAGUAACGUUAUUCCUAGAAGUCAGGACGGAGAAGAAAUCCUGUUUUUUUUUCCUCGACUCAGCAGGUCAGCACAUUUGGAGAUGAGGGAAGUGAUUUAGGCAGAAGGGAUGUAUUGAGAAUCAAGAAGGCUGCUGACUGUGCAAAAUCCCUUGAAGAGCAAUCGUUCUCGUGUACAUGGUAGCCCUUGUAUCCUUCGUCUCAACUUCCUGUUUUUUCUCUGUCCUCAAGUAUUAGUCCACACGACUCUUUCGGGUGGCUGCCUUCAUCGAUUGCAGUUCAAUUUGUGUAGCGAAUUCGGAGUUCCAUCUGGUAUGCAGUGUCUUCGACUGUACAUUCUGAGGAUGUAUUUAUAGACUCUGGAUGGAGAUCGCAUUACUUCUAACAUUGUGUGAAGAUGCUAUAAUUUUGGUCAUUAUGAACGACAGAGAGUGUGUGAUUACUCCUGCCUGUCACACAAACAUGUCUGAACAUCAUCUCAAAGCAGGAGUAAUUGUUGUAUUUCUGUACCCGAAUAUGGACUUCGUACGAGGUUGAAAAGUCUACCAUGUCGUCACCCGAGCUAUAACUAAUGGAAAUAUCUGUCCUAUAUUGGGUGUGGAGCCUCUGGAGGACUUCUUCAGUAGGAUCGUUUAUGGCCAAUUCUUUAGUAGUUGCCGAUGGGCUGGAAUGUAGUGCUUAUGAUUUUUAAUAUGAAGCUGUUCUCAGAGCGGAAUCAUUAAACUCUUUAUUGAAAUGAACGACG